CCGGGAGCCGUGAGGGGCUGAGAGGCGGCGGGACCGCCGCCGGGAGCGGGACCGCCACCGGCAGCGGCUCCUUCGUCCCUCCCUCCAUGGGGCCGGGGGCGGCCCUGCCCCGCCCCGCCGCCGCCGUCGUGAAGUGACAGCGCGCUGCGAGGCCAAGGCGCUGCUGCCGGCCCGGCACGGGGCGGGGGGGGGGAGGGGGGUGUCCGGUGAGUGAGGCGGCGGCGGCGGCCCGGGCUCGCCCCCGCCGCCGCCCGGGGGUCUCAGCGUGAAGGGGCCGGAGCGGAGCGGCCGCGCCAUGAACUACCAGCAGCAGCUGGCCAACUCGGCAGCCAUCCGGGCCGAGAUCCAGCGCUUCGAGUCGGUGCACCCCAACAUCUACUCCAUCUACGAGCUGCUGGAGCGGGUGGAGGAGCCCGUGCUGCAGAACCAGAUCCGCGAGCAUGUCAUCGCCAUCGAAGAUGCCUUUGUAAACAGCCAGGAAUGGACACUGAGCCGAUCUGUACCCGAGCUGAAAGUGGGGAUCGUGGGUAACCUGGCGAGUGGGAAGUCAGCGCUGGUGCACCGCUACCUGACCGGCACCUACGUCCAGGAGGAGUCACCUGAAGAUAUGGAUGCAGGUGGGAGAUUCAAGAAGGAGAUAGUGGUUGAUGGACAGAGCUACCUGCUGCUGAUCAGAGAUGAAGGAGGCCCUCCAGAGGCACAGUUUGCCAUGUGGGUGGAUGCUGUUAUCUUUGUGUUCAGCUUGGAGGAUGAAGUCAGCUUCCAGACUGUGUACCACUACUACAGCCGGAUGGCCAGCUAUCGCAACACUAGUGAAAUCCCCAUGGUCCUGGUGGGCACCCAGGAUGCCAUCAGCUCCACCAACCCCCGCGUCAUCGACGACGCCAGAGCCAGGAAGUUGUCCAAUGACCUCAAGAGAUGCACUUACUACGAGACCUGUGCGACCUACGGGCUCAACGUGGAGAGAGUCUUCCAUGACGUUGCCCAGAAGAUCGUUUCCACCAAGAAGAAGCAGCAGCUCUCAAUCGGACCCUGCAAAUCUCUACCCAACUCUCCGAGCCACUCCUCCGUGUGUUCUGCCCAGGUUUCUGCUGUACAUAUCAGCCAGACCAGUAAUGGAGGAGGGAGUUUAAGUGAUUAUUCCUCCUCUGUCCCAUCAACUCCAAGCACCAGCCAGAAGGAGCUGCGGAUUGAUGUUCCUCCCACUGCCAACACACCAACUCCUGUCCGCAAACAGUCCAAGCGCCGAUCCAACCUCUUCACGUCUCGGAAAGGGAGUGACCCAGACAAAGAGAAGAAGGUCCUGGAGAGCAGAACAGACAGCAUUGGAAGCGGCCGUGCAAUCCCAAUUAAACAGGGGAUGCUGCUAAAGCGGAGUGGCAAGUCCCUGAACAAGGAGUGGAAGAAGAAGUACGUGACACUGUGUGACAACGGCGUGCUGACCUACCAUCCCAGCCUGCACGAUUACAUGCAGAACGUUCACGGGAAAGAGAUCGACUUGCUGAGAACCACUGUGAAGGUCCCUGGGAAGAGGCCACCCCGAGCCACAUCAGCCUGUGCCCCCAUCUCCAGCCCCAAAACCAACGGCCUCUCCAAAGACAUGAGCAGUUUACACAUCUCGCCAAAUUCAGGGAACGUGACUGCUAGCACAUCUGUGUCUCAGAUGGCCAGUGGGAUCAGUCUGGUGUCCUUCAACAGCCGCCCGGACGGUUUGCACCAGCGCUCCUACUCGGUCUCCAGUGCAGAUCAGUGGAGCGAGGCCACAGUCAUUGCCAACUCUGGCAUUAGCAGUGACACGGGCCUGGGAGAUUCAGUGUGCUCCAGCCCCAGCAUAUCCAGUACCACCAGCCCCAAACUGGACCCCCCUCCUUCCCCCCACGCCAACAGAAAGAAGCACCGCCGGAAGAAAAGCACCAGCAACUUCAAAGCUGAUGGCAUCUCGGGCACGGCCGAGGCCAAACGCAAAGCUUGGAAACUAAACCGUGUUGGUAGCCUGCGAAAUAUUUACAGCAGCAGCAGCACCAACACCGAAGAACAAGAAGAAAACUUUGAAUUUAUCAUCGUUUCUCUCACGGGCCAGACUUGGCACUUUGAAGCAACCACCUACGAAGAGAGGGACGCGUGGGUCCAAGCCAUAGAGAGCCAGAUCCUGGCCAGUUUACAGUCCUGUGAGAGCAGCAAGAACAAGUCGCGCCUGACGAGUCAGAACGAGGCCAUGGCGCUGCAGUCCAUCAGGAACAUCCGAGGCAAUUCCCACUGCGUGGACUGCGAGGCACAGAACCCCGACUGGGCCAGCCUGAACCUGGGAGCCCUCAUCUGCAUCGAAUGCUCAGGUAUCCACCGCAACCUCGGCACGCACCUGUCCCGGGUGCGCUCCCUGGACCUGGACGAUUGGCCCAUCGAGCUCAUCAAGGUGAUGUCAGCCAUUGGCAACGAGCUGGCCAACAGUGUGUGGGAGGAGAACAGCCAAGGCCACGUGAAGCCUUCCUCGGACUCCACCAGGGAAGAGAAAGAGCUCUGGAUACGCGCCAAGUACGAGCAGAAGCUCUUCCUCGCCCCACUGCAGUGCCUGGAGCUCUCUCUGGGCCAGCAUCUCCUGAGGGCCACGGCCGAGGAGGACUUGCGGACGGUGAUCCUGCUGCUGGCCCACGGCACGCGGGAGGAGGUGAACGAGACCUGCGGGGACGGGGACGGGCGCACCGCCCUGCACCUGGCCUGCCGCAAGGGGAACGUGGUGCUGGUGCAGCUCCUCAUCUGGUACGGCGUGGACGUGAUGGCGCGCGACGCCCACGGGAACACGGCGCUGGCCUACGCCCGCCAGGCCUCCAGCCAGGAGUGCGUCGACGUGCUGCUGCAGUACGGCUGCCCCGACGAGCGCUUCGCCCUCAUGGCCACCCCAAACCUGUCCAGGAAGAACAACAACCGCAACAACAGCGGCGGGAGGAUGCCCACCAUCAUCUGAGGGGAGCUCGCUCGCGCGUUCGCUGACCCUGGUCACGUCCGCGGCCUCACAUUCCUCCAUCCCCAUCGCAGCUCCGCUCUGUGAGUCCGGUACGUCUCCUUCUCCCUUUUCCCUUCGGUCCAUCCCGAGCGCCAGGCGGGACGUGGAGGAGCGCGGGGGCCGAGAGGAGCGCGGGGGCCGCGGGCAGGCCGUCGUUUCAGCGCCCGCCGCGGGGGCCGCGCCGGACAGCCGGCACCGCCCGGGGACACGCGGCACCGCCGGGGACAGGCGGGGGGAGAGGCGAGCCGGAGCAGAAGGAAGGAAGGAAGGAGAGACGGUGACUUUCCCUAAGUGACAGUGAAGCACAUCAGAACAUUUCACCUCUACGGAACGCGGCGACGCCUGGAUUUCCAUUCUCUUCUCCUGAAGAGCUUGACGGCAUAAAUCAGAAGCAAGCACAGAGUUUGUCAGGUUUGAAGCUCCUAUGAUGGUAUGUGUCAAAUCAGUUGUAGCUAAUCUGUCCGGGGAGAAUACUGGCUUCAUUACACUUGUAUAGUUGAGUUCUUCCAGCAUUACUGCUGUUUAAUAGAACAUGAUUAGUCAUCACGGAGAAAAAAGCAUAUUAGCUGAGGAGGUAGUUACAUGGCACGCUUCGGUGAUUGCUUGGAUGUGAUUGCAAUAUUCUUAGAAGCAUCAUAUUAUCUCAGACAUGUUCUUUCGAGCCCUUGGAGCCCUCCUUUCUAAAUUCACUGUCAUAAUUUAGUAUCUGUUUAAUUUUUCAGUCCAAAGAGAGGAAAUGAGUUGCUGAGUGUUAUUUGACUGCAGUCUCCUUGGUGUAAAAACAAAAUGGAAAAAAUAAAUAAGAGUAAGCCUGAAACACAAAAAGGAAUAAUGAAUACCACUAUGGAAAACAACAUUUCAAGUACGUUUGGUGAAAUUAAUAAAUGCAUUAAAGGCUAAUUUUUUUUUUUUUUGUUACGUUUUCAGCCAGCAGAAAUAGGUUCUGUCAUUUUGCCAAGGUAAAUUGUGUUGAGUUUUUGGUCACUCCUGUGAUGCAUUGCCUAACUUAUACAGAUUUUUGUAUUGUGUCUCUAGAUUCUAUGUAUUUAAAAUCUAUUUGAAUAAAAAAAAGACCGUAAAUAUA